AGCAGAAGAAAAGAAAAAAAAAAAGCACUCAGUAAUUUUUGACCCUGGAUAAGAGAGACGGAUUCGAGUCGAUGGUGAGGAUGGAGGAGGCUGAGGAGGUCCUGAAGGAGGGUUCGCUGGAGAAGAGGAGUGAUGGUUUGCUGCAGCUGUGGAAGAAGAAGCACUGCGUGUUGACAGGGGAAGGGCUGCUGCUGCUGAGACCCAAACAGCAUCAGGACCACCACCACCAUCACCACCAUCACCAUCACCACCACCAUCACCACCAGCAGCACCAGCAGCAGCAGCACCAUCACCAGCAGCACCAGCAGCACCACCAGCAGCACCGCGAUGCCCAGUCCGGGGGCAGCAACUGCAGCGCCGUCAAACAGCUCCUCUUCGGGGACAUGAAGACGGUGGACUGCGUGGAGAGGAAGGGCAAGUACGUGUACUUCACGGUGGUGAUGGCCGACAAGAAGGAGAUAGACUUUCGGUGCCCCCAGGAGGAGGGCUGGAACGCCGAGAUCACCCUCCGGCUCGUGCAGUACAAGAACCGCCUCGCGAUCCAAGCGGUGCGCUGCAGCCGCCAGAAACUCGCACAGCGGGGCAUCAGCACCGCGCCCCCCGACACCGCCUGA